CAGAAUGCCUCCUCCCGAGCAGCCGCGAUCGAAUCGCCGUCGACUUGGUUUGAUUUGAGUUUAUUUUGGACCGUUCAUUAUCCGACUCGAAUUGGUACUAACCGAACUAGAAAUAGUAAUCGAUGGCAAUCACGUCCGAAAUGAAGAUAAUGACAGUAACCGGAUUAAAAUGAUCGAUCUUAAGCAUGAUCUUUAACAACGCGCGUUUUGUGAAAUUGCGGCAAACUUCAAUGAGACUUUCUAAUCUCCCGACCUCUUCGCAUCUUCCCGAUCUCUCCGGUCUUGAAAAUCAGCCCUUGAAAUCCUCCAAUUUCUUUUUCAGUUCUCCUAUUAACUUCCGUAUAUUCAUUUCCAUUUUCGAAAGGCAUAAGUGGAGAUUAAGAAAUGGAUCGCGUAUUUAGGAUCAAAUUAAAGCGAGCUCUCAAAUUGCAGGCAUGAAUUUUUUCUAUGCUUGGCGAAAGCGCAGAGAUUUUCCUCGAAUUAAAUGGCACCUUUCGAGAUUGCCCCUUUCACCAUUUCCGUUUGUGAUAUUCUUAAAGCGUAUUAGCCUCCGUCACGAGUCCCGCGGGAGCAAUCUCCUAGAAAGUUUCAUUCAAGUUUGGUUGCCGGUUAUAUUCGUAUAUCCUUCCUGUCGUCUGUCCGUUAGGGAAAUCCGAGACGAGAUCAGUCGCGAGAUUUAUCAAUUUAUGUCCCAUUUAAUUUGCGAAUCAACUCGCACGAAGCUAUAUAUACUUUGUAACACAGAAUCGGAGCUGUUGUAAUCGAUGGGUGGCAAAAAUAAUAACGUGAUAUAAUCUCGUAUAACAAACUAGAAUUAAGUGUGCGAGUGCGUUAAACAAUUGUUAUUCAUCUUUCAGAAUCUUGUCUUCCGACAACGUUUGUGGAAUCUAAACUGACCCGUGUCGCGCAGGAGAGAAAAUAUAUUAUUGCGAGAGGUUCUCGUUAACAAUGUCGAAGGGAUGCGUGGAUUCUGCGUGAUGCAUCGGGAGCAGCGCGCGGCGGGGGUGGCCGGGGAGAAUGGCGCGGAUGAGAGGGAGAUGCUGCUGGACCGAAAUCUGGUCUCAGUCGUGCGCGACGCGCCAUAUGCGGUGGACCAUUUGUCAGCCCGCGCACAAAGGCCAAUAAUCUCGCGUGACACGUGUGCCUGGCCCCCGAUAAAAAGCGCUACGUGUCGCACUGGAAGCGUUCGUGGAAAAAGCUUUUCCACCGCGACAGAGGGUAUUCGGGUGUCGCGCGGUACGGUACGGAGCACGUGACGCCGGUAAUAACGACGACAACCGGAUUUACUUCCCUACGUAAUCUUCGCAGCUAUCGAAUACUGAUUGGAUCUCGUCGCCAAGAGUUCCUAAUUGCUAUUUUACAUCUCGCAAAUCUACCAAGUGACCGCGGUCAGAGUUUCAAUUCGUUCGAUACGCGAUAUGUUCUCGCUCUGUAUUUCGAUUUGGAGCACGUGGCACUCGCCGACGAGAAAGGCACAGGGAACAUCGUAGGCAACUUGGUAAUUUUAAGUACAUAAGCGUACCUCACGGAUGAGUUGGCCGCUUUUAUGAAGGGUGAGCCUCCGCGAUGAGAAGAGCGGAAAAUGAGUAAAACCGGAAGGCGAGGAGGCAUAGAGAGGAGGACGUGAAGCAGGGCAAAUCGUGCUGUGCCAUAAUACACCGCGGCGAAGAUGAGAUCGGAAACUGCGUUGUACCUGCUCUCGCUGCUGAUCCUGUCGCUCAAUGAUCCUUCGUGGGCUUCCGCGGAGAUCAGAGGGUGCAAUCGUACUAUCAGAAAUUCAGUUGGCUGGAUACGCUGGACGGGACGAAUGGGUCGAUGUAUCGUGCGAAUCAGAGCACCGCUCAAGGAUCCGCAGGUGAUCGAAGUGAAAGUCAGGAGGUUGCAGGUGGGCUUCCUGAAGGAGGCCCGCUGCGAAGGGGCGUAUUUUCAAUUCUCAGAUAGCGCCGACGAUCUCGAGGACGAAACAACAGGUCGAUAUUGCGGCCACGUGACCGGAAACGCCACGAGGCUAUUUUUACGACGCGGUCCCGACCUGACCAUCACCCUGUCGUCAGACGAGCAGUUCGCCUCGGCGCAUCCGGUCAUCUUUUCCGCCCAAUUCUCCAUCCUGCCGAUCCGCCUGGCGGUCGAGCGUCAUCGCGGCUACUCCGCGUCCGCGUCGCCGACGUGUCCCGUGGAAUGCACCGUUCGCAACGAGCACAGGUCCUGCAGGCUGACCUCGCCGGGCUACCCCAGCGUCUAUCCACGUGGGAUUAGAUGCAGGGUAUCGUUGGAGUCGCACGCCGGCCGCUUCAGGAUAGGCGGUCAGCCGGAGGACCUUUUCGACCUGAUGAACUACACCGAACAGGAGAGCUGUCGGAUGGAGAAUUGCGAGGACUCCUUCGACUCCGGCGAAAGGGGCGGAUCGUCGGUCGCGUGGGGUCGAGAUCACUUUGAGGCGGACGAAUCUAUUAUCGGGGACGAUCGGUCGAGAAACGAGCAGGGCAGCCGUAUUCCCGCGCCGAGACGCACCGCGGAAACGAAUGGACAAUUAACGAGGCUCAGGCACUACGAGAAAAAGGCGAUGUUACGGCACGGGGGGAAGCAGCAUCGUCACAAAGAGCCGCCGCCUAAGUUCGACACAGACGAGUCGGAGCUUCGCAUAAAAUCAAUGCGUUCGAAGGUAACGAGGAAGAACCAUCGAGGGGUCGUCCCGAAUGGAUAUUUCAAUGGCGAUCCUGAACGGCCGAGCGAGAUAAUCGGUAGCGCGACGGCAGCGGAACCCAAAUACCUCAGGGAGAAUCGAUCGUUGGGGAACACGUGUGACGGCGGCGGUGACUAUCUCGCGCUUCUGGAGAACGUCAACGGGCGGAUCCUGGAGAUGUCCAGGUUCUGCGGUAGCGGUCGGGUGCCGCGCAUUUACUCGCGCGGGAAAAAUGUCAUCCUAGAAUUUGUCGCGCGCGAGGACGGCACCGUUGCCCACGACGGCUUUCAAGUCACCCUGCACGAGGAGCGCGUCUCGCGGGAGGUGAGGCGCGCGAGAUGCGAGUUCGUUUACAGGAACACCGGCCGGCCGCGCCACGGCAGGGAGAGUGUCAGGUCCCCGCGGAGCUGGUAUCCCCCCGACACCGUGUGCACCUACAGGUUCCUCGGUAGGGUCCCGGAGAGGGUCUCGGUCCAUAUAAAGAUCAUCAGAAACGAGCCCGAGCACGAGAAGCCGGGAACAGGGAGGCAAAAUUUCACCCUGAGUUCCUGUCCGGGCAACGAGAUCACCGUUUAUAAUGGAGCGCAGGUAAAUGACAGCUUCCUGAUGUGGUCCUACUGCGACGCGUCUCACUGGGAUAUCAACAACAUUCAAGUACCUUUGACGUCUAGCGGAAACGAAUUAUUGAUCCAGUACUACAGCGCCAAGGGGUCCCGCGAUGGGCAGGGAUUCACUUAUGCCAUAUCCUACCGAUUCGUCAGGAAGGAGCGCAACACGACGGCCGCGAGGCGCAAAUACAAAUCGAUCUCCCUGAGGCCGGUCAACCUGUCGGCCCUCGAUCUCAACGGCACCGGCGACUACAACUGCGACAGCAGAAUCGGCGCGUUCAAGAGCUGGUUCGCGGUGCUCGCAGUCUUCGGCAUCGUGUCCUUCGUCGGGGCCGUCAUCAUGAUAGUCGCUCUCACGGUCAAAUGCUUGAGGAUCGGAUCCUCCGAGAAGAAGCUCCUGCAGAAACAGUGAGCAGGGGUCGCGUUUUCCCUCUCACCGACAACGGGGGAGAACAGAGACGACGGGUCUCGCACAAAAAUGGGAUCGCUGGAUUUCGCAGUGCCGAAGGAUCAAUAGGAUCUCGGUCAAACGUUUCCACGAGCCGUCGGACGACGCACGUACAGACACUUGCGAGGAAAAGGGAGACGCGCGGGAGACCCGCGAGUAGUCGCGCCAACAUCCUCUCGAUAAUCCUGGGGGUUUCCCCGUUUUCUGAUACUCGGAGAACGAUGUACAACCAUUGUAUACCAACCUGAAUUUUUAUACGUAAUAUACGGAACAGUAGUGAGCCGCAAUAAAACACGUGUAAGCAAGUGAAUCGGCGGAGUCGAGAUAUCUUCACUGAGAAAAAUGUCCGAUUAAAUAUAAUCGGAUAAUCCAG